AUGCAACCGAUAUCAGGCGCGAGAAAGAUUAUGGAACAGAGGAUCUGCAGAUUCCUUGGAGGACAUCGUUUCCUCAGCCUACAGGGCCUCACCCUGAACGCCUCGGCCAAGGCCGGUGCCUCUCUCGACCUCACGACAUCGACAUCAUGUGAUACUCCAAGAAAACACAGCCCAGUUGAGGUUUUGCGUGGUGCGGUCCAGGCUUUUUUUGCGGCAAGGGGCCUUUCUGGGCUGAGCGCAAAGCCCAGCCGUAACCAGGCACGCCAGGUUUCUCCUACACACUACCAUGCUUCUGAUACUAGCCCGGGGCCCGAACGUCCAAGAUUGGGUCCCCUUUUCUUCCCCGCGGGGGCGGAACCUACGGAUCGCGUGAGGCAGCGAGCCCACACGACAUUCGAUUGCCUGUCUAGAUCACUGGUUCGGUAUUUCGGCAGCCUUGUGGCUGCAUCUGCUACUUGA